AUGCUUCGGAGAAUACGGGGGAAUGGUGGUCUGUACAAAGACCUUUUGAACAAGGAACCUCAUGUCGUCAGCAUUACUUUCUGGAGAGAAGAGUUCCCUUUUCAAAAGGACGACACAGAAGAUGUUCAUGAGCCUACCAAACUUGGAAUCAUGAUCGAUAAGGCUCCUGCGGAAGAGGAUGGAGACAGAACUGGAGGGGAUUUUCAGAUUACCGAUAUUCAGGACAAUCCAGAUUCGUUAUUGUAUGGAAUGCCAAUUGAAGUUGGUGACAGGCUAGUGGCAGUCAACUCGCAGCCAUGUUAUGGCUUGGACAUUGAAAUGUUGAAGCAGAUGAUUGCUACGCAAACAGGAAUCGUCACACUGACGUUGCGAAAGACAAGAAUGGCACCUUUUCAAGACGAGCUGAGACUUGCGGUAUUCAUUGAUUCUCAGAAACAUACUUGCAUACCAAUGGACAUUUGCCUCUUCAAGGAAGAAGAGAAGCUUUCAAUUUUUGCUCUCUACGAUCACUUUGACAUGGAUAUCAAAUCCAACGCAAACAAGAACAAGAAUGAUUGGCUUGAGAAAUCAUGUCUUGCAGAAGGCCAAGUACUUCUUUCAGUAAAUGAUACGCCAACGUUUCAAUUGGAGGAAGACGACGCCCAUUCCAUCAUGAACGAAACGCUGAACACUGACGAAGUCCUUGCCAUAAAGACAUACUUUCCUUCACGGGCAUCAGCAAAUGAAGCUCCCGAUAUGGCUGAUCGCGUUACGUCCUACAUUGUUCAGCUGGAGCAUCGCAUGACCAGGUCUCUUGCACAAGCUCGAAAUGAAAACGACGACUUGAACUUUUCAGCAUUACCCUAUCCAGUAUUUUCGUCUGCCGCUCAGUUGGAUAAGACUUUGCGCGGGGCGUAUAAUCGAUGCAUCACUAUCUCGACCGGAAAGCCACUCUUCCGACUUUACCUUGUCAUGGAAGACGUAUGGGCCAAAUAUGCCAAAGUUCUCAUCCGUAGAUUCCCAAAAGAUAGUCGAUUCUCCAAGGUUUGGAGAAAACGACUUGGAAAUGAGAAAGCUAAGUAUGCAAAGCACGAGAAUAUGGAAGGCUGCCCAUCAGCCACCCAACUGGAUGUCAAUGGUGCGGAAAAGAAUGAAGUUAAUGACGAAACCGCAACGGAAGCCAUGGCAAACGUUGAUUCCGAGGACGAAGAUGACUUAAACAGCGUCCCUACAUUUGAAAGCGUGGAAACCGACUCUGAAGACAAGAACGACAAUGCAGCUAACAAAGAGACUGCCUCAUCGGGACGAGGAUGGUUCUUUUCCCGGCGACGGCAACAGUCCGAACAUAAUCCGGAGAAGAAUAUCGAUCAAAAUAAGGCUGGAAGCUCCAGCGACGAUGAAGGAGAACAGGAAAAGACCGAACCAGACAUUAUCCAGAAGCAAAAUCUGGCGCCCAAUCAAUCAAGAUCUUGGUUCUUCUCAAGUAAGAACGCUGCAGAUGAAUCAAAAUCAUUGGAUGGUGAGGACAUUGCCACAGAUUCGAACCAGAGAAGUCGGUCAGGGCAACUUGAUUCCAAGAGAUGUGAACCAAAGGACAAAGAAAUCAACAUCAGAGCGGAAAUAUGCCAUGUGAUCUGCACAGGAAGCUACUGCUUAGAUCUAUUGACAGAAAGAGAAAUUGCAUUGAACGAAACUAUUGAAGAAGGCUUCAAGGUAGACUUUGGGGAGACGAAAAAGGUAUUCCAGGAAGAGGUUAUCCAAAAGGGAAUCCUGCAGCUUGUAGAUUCCGUCAAUUUCCAAUCGGAACCAAUAUUUGCUAGUAUGGCGCGGAUUAGAUGGCACAGAUGUGACGAAGUAGGGGAUACCAGUCCGUAUGCAAUGGAAGUAGUGGAUUUGCUGAAAAAACGAAUCACUUCAUUGAUUGUGCAGCUACCGCCACAGUAUCACCACAAGUUCAAGUACGAUCUAAUUGAAGUAAUUUGUCAAGCGUUCUACAAUUCGCUGGCGAGGAUCAACCGCAUCAGUCCCGUUGGGACGCAGCAACUUCUUCUGGAUGUAUGCACAUUGAAACUGGAGUUUGUUGCACUUUUGAAAAUAUCCGAGCCAUCGAAGGACGUCGAAGUUGACAGUGACUUUGCUGAUGCACGAAUGACAGACCCACAAAGAUUUGUCAACGAACUACUGAAAAGACCAGAGGCUCUCUUGAAGCUCGCGGGUACAAAUGUUGGUGUGGACGAGCUGCUGGGGACGCUUAAUGGCAACCCAGCUGCUGGGGGUGAGAAAGGGGAGAAACCAUCACCGAAUGGAGAUUCUGUCGAAGCCGAGUCAGGAUCAAAUAUUGCCAAGACCAAUCUCGGGGAGAGCGAGGAUGGCAAUGCUAACGAAGAUGACGAAACAACUAUUGUAUUCGAUCAUUUGGAGGAUUUGGACACCACAUUGGAAACUCCAGCCUUCCCAGCAAGUUUCGACCUGGACGACGAAGAACCCGACGUCGAAUAG